AAUUCAUCUGCUUACAACAAACCAACAGCAUCAUGUACAGCUUGCGCAACUCCAGCCUAUUUCUUCUCUUGACUUUAUGCGUCUGUCUAACCCUGGUCGCAGUUACAUUUCAGCAAACGCAAGCGCUGCGUCGCAUCAAGCGCGGCUCGACAGGGGCGCAAAACAAUACCAAACUUACCAAUGACAUUCUAACGGAUCAGCGCAACAUUUCGAAUGACAUUAAAUUGAGCGAACUUGCAAUGGCUACGCCGGAUAAGCAACAAAAAGUCAAAGACCACACCGAGCAUGCGUGGGCCAAAAAGGCCGUGGCCGCCGUAGGGCACGCAAUCGAUAAAGCCUUUGCUUCACUCAGCCACAAAUCAAACGAGGAAAAAACCAAAAAGAAUGCACAGCUCAAUCAUUCACCAUCACAAUUUACCAAUAGCGGGCAGCCAAAGCCAGGGGAGGGUAGCAUUGCCGCCAAGGACCUGCACAAGGCAUCGCUGGCUUAUCUGCUAAACCAUCAUGGCCUCGGCGAACGCUUCUUCGACGAUAUGCAGCAUGAAGCCAGAUUCGGUGCUGGCGAGGGCGCUGCGGAGGUACUGAUUAUUGACAAUGGGUUGCAACCGAUGUUAGACAUGCAGCACGGCCUCAGCUCUUUCGCAUUUCAUCAGCCGAAUUUACGUAGUAUUGCCGAUAGUUUCAAAAGAUUGUCCGAGAUUAGUAAGGAGUCUAAGCUAAAUAACUUGAACGCACUAAAAAUCAAUACGGACCAGUCGGGCAACAAUGCAGGCACUAACAGCAUUGCCAGUAAGCUAAGUAAUGAUAACGGGAUCAGUGCAGAAAAUGGAAACAAAGAUGAGACAAUGCCAACGAACAAUAAGCUCAAUGAUAAUCACAACAAUAGCGGCAGCGACAAAAGCGAGGAUGGCACGAGCGACAGUCGCAAGCGGAACAAUGACCACUUCAGCACCGCUGGCGGGGAUAAUGGCAAAGCGCAGCACAAUAGCAAUAAUAAUAAUAAUGAUGCGCUUAUCGGUCGCAAAAGUCAUCACGCUAACUGUUUGCAGCCACAUAGCCAACAAUUGUCGCAACAACAACUACAGGCACAGCAUGCGGAAGUAAAGGAAUCAUUUCCCACUCCGUUAUCACUUUCGCACAAGUCAAUGGAUGGCAUUGGAGUGCCAAACAAAUUGCAAGAGGAAUCUCAAGGGCAACAACAAAGACUGAAACAAGAGACAGCUGAAGAGGCGGAACAGCAGCACAGGCAACAUCGGGCACAGGCACAAGCACUGGCACAGACACAGCCAGAUAAACGGCAUCAGCAAAUGCAAGUCGCCAAACAUUCGAGCGGGAAAAUGCUGCCAAUGGAGAGUUUUCUCAAAUUCGCCAACAUGAUGCUGUACAAAAUGGGGCCAGAUGGUCCUCCCAUUCAUGCCCAAGGCGCUCAAAUCACUGUCAAUGGCAAUCCAACAACGUCGGUGAUAAGUAUUGGCCCAGCCGUAGAGGGUGCCGACGACGCUGAUGCUUUAGAUUAUCUUUACAACUCGCUGGAUCCUCAAUUAAACAUCUUCCACAACCCUACCUCGCCAGGCACUGCCUCAUCCAUAGUAAGUCCUGGUAAUACAGCUUUGCUUUCGCGCCCCUUCCUGUUACCCUCGUACAGCUUGGCCGGCCCUACACAACCAAUCAACUUCAUCGAAAGCGCCUUAGAUAUGCUGUUAAACGCCGAAGAUGAGGGAAAUGACGAAAUGGAGCUGGUGUGCCCCAUACACCAUCCAAAAAAGAAGUCCAGCGAGAACACUGGAGACAGCAAAGACAAGGAUGGAGUUAUUCAAGUGUGCUCAUGCCGCUUCUUUAAGAAGAACAAAAACGCUUAGGAUGGAGAAGAACUCAGACGUUAAUUGCAAUUCCGGAGAUGUGCCUUUUUUUGGAGAUAUAUAUUUCAUAUGUGCCUUUUGUUAUUGACCCCAACCAUUUUCCGAUGCAAUAAAUAUUUGUUCUUUUACAUUUAAAA